CGAGGCAUGACGGAAUUUUCCAGAACUCCUGCGGAGCAGGACCCGGGGCACCAGCUCAGCGCAGCCCGCGAAGGAGAAGGCGCCCAGGUCCGGGCCCCGUGGGGCUGGGUGCAGUCAUGGUGCCGCAUCCCGGCCAGGAGUCUGCCCGUGGCUAGAGCCGGCCCCAGCUAGAGCUGUGGCGGUGCAGCCUCAGCCUGAGGGCAUCCCUCAGCCUGAGCGCCUCUCCGCACGCCCCCGGCAUGGAGCCAGGUGGCCUGGAGUGGCUGCUGGUGCCCAUGCAGCAGCUGGUGUCCUGGGGCGCCGCGGGGGCCAUGGUGUUCGGCGGCGUCGUGCCCUACAUCCCCCAGUACCGGGACAUUCAGCGGACCCAGAACGCGGAGGGCUUCUCUACCUACGUCUGCCUGGUGUUGCUGGUCGCAAACAUUCUGCGGAUACUUUUUUGGUUUGGAAGGCAUUUUGAAUCCCCGCUUUUGUGGCAGAGCAUUAUCAUGAUCAUUACAAUGUUACUGAUGCUGAAGCUGUGCACUGAAGUUCGUGUGUCCAAUGAGUUGAACGUGAAACGCCGCUCUUUUGCAGCUGCAGAUAGUAAGGAUGAAGAAAUCAAAGCACCUCCCAAGAGAUCUUAUCUGGUGACUUCCAUGAGGACUUCUUCCAUAACCAUUGCGGGGAUGAGGUUGUCCUGACUGGCCUGUAGUUCCCUGGUCC